AUGAAAUAUGAAAUAUGAAAGAGGCCUUGCUGGUGAAGAAAGAAAUGAGCAAUAUCCUGUUCCUACUAGGCACAUGCGAAUUCCUCCACAUCUAGGGCUGAUCUUGAAUUCUUCAUCUUGAGAAUGACUACGAGACCCUGCGACUACUGUGGCCACUCCACAGCGCUUCUCUACUGCAGAGCCGAUUCAGCCAAACUCUGCUUCUCCUGCGACCGCGAAGUUCACUCCACCAACCAGCUCUUCUCCAAGCACACGCGCACGCUCCUCUGCGACGCAUGCGAUCACUCCCCUGCCACCAUACUCUGUUCCACCGAAGCCUCUGUUCUCUGCCAGAACUGCGACUGGGAGACCCACAACCCCUCUCUCUCUUCCCUCCACCAGCGCGGCCCCCUUGAACCCUUCACCGGCUGCCCCUCCGUCUCCGAGCUCUUGUCCAUCCUCGCCUUUCGCGAUGUCACCAAAAAAACUCUGCUUUCUCCGCCCCACGCAACUCCUGCUGAUGCCUCCUUCUCCUCUGAGAUCGAAGGCUUUUCUGAUUUCUUUGUUUGGGACGCUCCUUCUGUUGUUACCAUCGACGAUUUGAUUUCUUCUUCCGCUUCUUCCCACACCUUUCAGGCCAUGGAGGUUCCUCCUCUGCCCAAGAAUCGAAAGGCUGCUUGUGGGCAACACAGAGAAGAGAUUCUAAGUCAGCUUCGUGAAUUGGCCAAGUCUGAGCCUUUGGACCUUGAGCAGUAUGUGCCAUCUGAGAACUUGUCCUCGGGUUUUGAACGCGAUGUGGAGCCUGAUAUCUUUCCUUCUCAUGAGUGGCAUAGAGAAAGCACUGAGCCUAUGUAUCAGGUUGUUCCUCCUGACACACCAUUGGGAACUUAUACUGAAGAAAUUCCAGUUAAACAUUCUACUUCUGCUGUUGGGGAAACUGACACCCAUGGCAACCAUGGAGGGAAUCCACCCAUUUCUUUCAAGUCUGAAAUCCUACCAACUACUCCCAGAGCUGCGGCAUGUGAGUUAAAUAGCCAAGAAAGAGAUUCUGCAUUAUUACGGUACAAGCAGAAGAAGAAAACAAGAAGAUUUGACAAGCACAUAAGGUAUGAAUCACGAAAAGUUCGGGCUGAAACCAGGGUAAGAGUCAAGGGCCGAUUUGCCAAGAUGGAUCAGGAACACUGAAAUCAUGGGGUGUAUUCUUCGAUUCAGAGCACUAGGAUAAUAUGAAGACUUAUUCUUGCAAUAUAGUUGACAGCAAUGAUUUUAUCAUCCCCUUUGCACCAUAAUACACUGCACCGGAGGAAGACAAAUGGUGCAGUCUUCUGUAAAUCAGAAUUAAAUUUACUGGGAUCGUUGGCCUUGGAUUGUGUUUAGCGAGUAUCUUGUGGACUUAGAUUUUUUUCUCUUGAUUCUCAAAUAUUAAUAAUGAUGAUAAAACUCAACUUGUGAUAGCUUAAGGACUUCUUAAUUGGUUUUGAACAAAUGUUGAACAAUCUAUAGGGGCAACGGAAAGCAAGUUACACUCAACUAAAUUUUGAAUAUUCUGAGAAUGUGUUGUCUGGUAAAGGACAUAAACUAUCAAAUUUGUCAGACCUGUUGUCUGGUAAAUACUGAAGUAUGUGUUGAAGAACAGCAUUAUGUUCUAAUCAUCUAAUGUAGAAAAGCAAUAUAAUUUGUUCCAUUCUUCA